AUGCCAAUCCGUGCUCUCUUUGCUGCCCAGGGAGUGAUCUUUAGAUAUUUGACACAGCAAAUGACAAAGGUCGGAAUGAACGAUGACGACUGGAUGCUUCUUAACGGAGGCGAUUUUAAACUUGAAAACGGGUGCACUGUCGAGCCCGACCUGGCACUCUAUUCAAUGGUAGGUGAAAAAAGGCUGCCAUUAUUUCCGCAUAUCGUCUUUGAGAUUGGAAUUUCGCAAUCAGUCGAAGAUUUAAGAAGCCGUGGAGACGAUUAUAUCCGGUAUUCUAAAGGGGAGAUCAAUGCAGUAAUUUGUUUACAUGCGCCACAAAACCAAAGUCACAUCAGCUGGGUAGUGUAUAAGGCGUUCAGACGACCUGAUCAGGACCAGGCUUUUGAGUCGGUGAUUUGGGGUCGUGGUUUAAUCAAGUUCGAUAAAGAAAAUCACAGUGGGCAGUACGGUCUACCCGCCAAUAUUACCACCACGGGGCCAAUGAUCAUUCCUAUCGGAAAGGGUCAUCCAGGCACCCCAGAUGAACUCGUGUUGAUUGAAGAAGGCCUCGUCAAAAUCACUGAAAAUUUUAUUUUGAGGCGCUGGCAGGGGUAA